AUGAAGUGGAUGAAACUGUGAUAUUACAGACUUUAACCACAGAACUUUAUUCUGUGCUUUAACAGUAUUUCCAUAAUUAAGGCUUUCAGUUUUGACCAGAGUAUAAGACACUCUGUUAAAAUAUGUCAGCUAAGGAAUGUGAAUGCUGUAUUAAUUCAUCUGAACCAAGUAGGGGAAAUCUUGGUCAUUCAAAUCAACGCAACCCUGCUACACAAAACUACUUUCAAAACAUGUGGUACAAUUGGUGGUGGUAUUAUCAACAUGGUGCUUACCAGGGUGGAAGAACUGAUGUGGAAAAUAAUUAUGCAACAACAACAUGGUGCACAACUUGUGUUGAAGAGCAACGACUGAGAGAAGAACGAGUAUAUAAGUUGACAAAUAGACAGGCAAACACUUCUCGUAUUAGUACGAAUAAUUUUAUUACCAAUUCUUUAUCACUAUUUAAUUCUCAUGAAAUGAAUGGUGAUGGCAUGGAUGGUAAUGAUAAGUCACAAGAUAUUGAAGAAAUGUCAGAUUAUGAAGGCAGUGACGAUGAUGAUGAGUUUGAAAUGGAAUUGAACAAUGAUUUUAAAAAGUUUCUUGAGCAAUCAGCAAGACAUAAAGAACAAAGAAGUAAGUUGGGGGCUUCAACAUAUGUAUUUCAUCACAGACUUGUGGUGAGAUGGGAGUAGACAGCCCAGACUCCCUGCACCCAGACCUACAAUCAUGGCAAAAAAUCCAUGGACAAUUAGAUAUAAACUAAAGUAUUACUAACUGUUCAGAUACACAUGUUGGCAUUUUUGUCUCCCCCCUACAAUGUUGGUUUUAACAGGCAUCAGUCACAAGCUUUCACUUAACCAAUUUAUAAGCUUUUAAUAUUGAACGGGGGGAGGGACUGGGAGGGGGAACGUUUUUGCACUUAUGUAUUCAGUAUGGCAGGUAUUUGUAUUUUGUGCAUGCUGUAUAUCCACAAUAAUUUUUGCCAGGAUGAUAGGGGCAUUCCUCGGCAUGCAGCACUUGAUUUCCAGAUUAAUUUAUUUCAAUGACAUGGGUAGAGGGCAAGCACAUUUUCUCCAAAGAGAGCAAUAAACUGGUUGCGGUAAAUUCAAUAUUUCGAUAAUUAUCAUAUUUCUAUAAUUACAAAACAAAGUCUGGCCUGAUUUCAGCAACUGGGUUAAAAUCAGGAUUUUGGUCACAUCUACACUAGGUACUGACUAAAAAUUGUAGAUGGGUUUUGUAAAGGGGCCCAAGCAGCCCAGGUGAACUACUGUAUGAGAUGCCUGUGAGGAGGUUCAUUUUGAUGUUGGAGAGGAAAUCUGACUGUAUGAGGCUUAUAAUGGGCAUGCUCUGCAGUGAUCUAAUUGACUAAAGGCUGAUUUCCACUGUUGUGUCACAGAAUAAGUCAUACAGAAGCCCGACUUCUUGGUUUUCGUAUGAUUUUCCAAUGAUUUUGGUGUAACCGUAAAAAUGCUGACACCAUGGCCCUAGUAGCCAGUGCGCGUUUGAGAGGCAUUCACCUUCCUGAUAAUAUUCAAACGCCCAGGGGGGAAUGCCCCUCAAACGCUCUGGGCAGGACCAUGGCGUCAGCAUUUUGAUGAUGAAUCAUCUGUGUACCUUAUUCUGUGGUUGCGUUUUUCAUAGGUACGUAAUACGCAUGUAAAACUUUAAAUCCGUUUAAAUGUUACUUAUGAAAUAACUAAAUAAAUAAAGCAACAGAAUUUAGUGUUCCACAAGUUUUAAUAUGCAUUUGUUAACUUAUUUGUAAAAUAUUUAAAAAAUAGAAGGAUUCAAAGUUUUACGUGUGUGUACAUGCGUACGAAAAACGCAUCAAUGGAAAUCAGCCUUCAGUAAUAACUACAAUAUUCUUUAAGUUAUCUUUUUUCCAAAAUUCGAAGAGAUGAAGGAACGAGGAGCUUAAGUUAUUACCUCAGUCAGGGAUGGUUGUCCAAUACUGUCACACUUAACGACUCGUGAAAUUUGUAAGUCGUGAUUGACGAGUCAUGUUUUGUUAUGUGUAUAUUACUAUUAAUAAUUUAAGUUAUAUAUCAUCCAAUUAUAACGAUAUAAAAUACGAAUUGUGAAAAAAUAUUAUUUCACCUGAAGUGGCAUAGGUCAACGAAUCUUAAGAUGUUAAACUAAGCUCUAAUAUAAUGGUAGAAUGUGUGUUUGUUUGUCUGUUAGCAUGAUCAUAACUUAAAAAGGUUCAAUCGUAUUAUCACGCAAAUUUUUGGACAUUUACCAAGGACAAAUUGAUUAAAUUUUGGUUAAAUUGGGAUGACAAUUGGAUGAGAAAUGAGCAAAAGUUCGUUUUGCUUUGCCGGCAGAGUAAACUGUAUGCGAAAUUAACUCAUUAAUGCAUGAUACAUAACUUAACUUGCUGGGGGAAUUAUGCAGUCUGUGAGUGAAGUACAUAAUGUACAAUAACAUAAAUGUGUGACUUCGCUAUGCAGAUUACUGUAUUAAUGCACAUUUCAUAAUGGCAAAUUUUGGACAGUCUGUUGUUCAACUGAGCUGCCACACUAUCUUUGCGAUUGUGAAUUAGGGCCCAUUGUGAUGCACACCUUGUAUCUUAUGUAUGCAGGUACUGUACAUAUCUGUGCAGCAAUAGUCUACAUUGAAUCCUAAUUAAAAUUCUGUACAUCAGUUUUGGGGGAAAGAAGGCAGUCUGACAUUGGAAACUGACAUUGGAAACUGUCUGUAUUACAGAAAUGCCCGUGUUAGAAAGGUGUCCAUAAGGAGAAGUUUGACUGUAUAUUUCGUAUACUAUUUUUCGAAUAGACAAUUUCGCAAUGUGCAGAGAGGUGUCCGAGUUAGAGUGUGUCCGGUUAAAGGCCCAUUUCCACUCAAGAAAAAUUUCCACGGACAGAAAAUUUUCAGAAAAUAUCAUUGUCAAAAGUUGAAAAUUUUCAACUUCAAAAUUUUUUUCCGACGGAAAAUUUGUGCCGGCCAAUCAAAUUGUACAAAAUUUUCUUUCUGCGGAAAAUUUUCCUGAGUGGAAAUGGGCCUUAAGAGAAGGGUCGGGUUUAGAAAGAUGUCCGAUUUAGAGAGGUGCCCGAUUUAGAGAGGUGUCCGAAUUAAGCCGGUUUUCCACUUCGCCCGUAUCGUAUCGUACCGAAACGUACUGGUGAGCAUGCGCAGAUUAAAAGAGAUUUAUAAAUCCACGUACUUCCGGGUGUAUUCGCGUAACAAAAUAAAAAGUUCGUCACAAGUCAACUUUUUGGCGUACUACAGAAGUACUAACCAAUCAACAUUCACGAAAUUUUGAAAUUUGAAAACGUUUUUGAUACGUUUCGGUACUGUACGCUUGAAGUGGAAAACCGGCUUUAGAUAGGUGUCCGAAUUAGAGCUCGGUAUCCGAAUCAGAAGUGUCCGAUUUAGAAAGAUGUCCGAUUUAGAGAGGUGUCCGGUUAGCGAGGUGUCUUAGGUUCGAUUGUAUGAUUUGAUUUAUUAUUUAUUAGAAAAACAAAAGGAAGAAGAAGUUGCGAAGGCACGAACAGAUGAUUACAUUGAAGGUAAAUAAAAAUAACAACUUACAAUCUUAGCAACUAGACCGGUGCGCGGCACCAAUCUGCAUAAACAACCUGGGUACAAUUAUGUUUUCUGAAUAUAUUUGCGUUUGACUGGAGAGUGUGGGUUAUUAAGCAACAACCUUAAAUGAACAUGCUUUGUUCUAGAAAAUUUAUUUUUUAGGUUUUUGUGCUUCAUUGUUAUAAUCUACCAAUCACAAAACAAGUCUUGUUCAUAUAGGUUGAUGACGUCGCAGAGUGUGCACCUGAAGCCAUUUCAUUAUAGUGCUUCAAUGUUUAAUACUGUAUAUAUCUCAGUGCUUAUAGGGUGCAUAUUUUUUAGGAAUUGGUAAAACAAGCAUUUUUUUUUUCUUUAGUGAAUGAGAUCGCCCUUGAAGCAACGACAGUACCGCCAACACAACAACAAGGUGUUUUACGAACUCAAGAAAUGAAAACAUUGUAUGGUCGAUCAGCCCACGAUAUUGAAAGUUUAGAAACUUCUCUACAGUUACACUUUAACAUGAAUGUAGACAUGAGACAUCCUGUGUUUUGGCCGAGUAUUCCACUGAAGUUUUAAUCUAUAAAGAAUAUACUGCAGAUCAAGUAUCUUAUGCGAAACAUUCUGUAUUUCGCACAGUAUACAUGGUCCAUCUUUUGCCAAUAUUCCCAUGCAAUCAAGCUUUAGAUUAAAAAACUACUGCAAGUCAUGUAUAUUAUAUGAGAUUUUCCAAGUAUACAUCGUCCACCUUUUUUGGCCGAAAUAUUCCACUUUUGAACUUAAAAGUGAAUGAAGAUCUGGUAUUCAAUUACCGGUAUACAGAUUUUAAUUUUGAAGUACAGUAUAAAUGUAUAGAAAAAGCACAAUCACUUUUAAUCAUUGUUUUUUUAAUAUAUUAAAACCAGACUAUACAUAUAAGAUUAACCAGACCGAACUGCAUAGUGUAAAAUUGUAAAUAUACUACUUUAUAGGUUGAUCACGUGUGUUACCGGUAAAAUUGGAAUGUACAGUAAUCUCUGAAAACAACUGUCACAUGAUUUACACUAUUUACAUUUAUGUACAACUGAAAGCGCUUUUGCUAUAUAUAUAUUAAUAACUAUUAAUAAAUAACGAAGAAAUCUAAGAAAUAUAUUGUGGAAUGUUUCAUUUCAAGCUUCUGAUUCAUCGAUUUUCAGAUACUGAACAGGAUCUUUGAUAAACUUUGCAUCGCUGAAGUUUAUUUUUUCUGAGCACAUUGGACAAACACCUUCCCCACCGUCUAAAAAACUGGAAAACAAA